AUGGCCCCGUCCAAGACGCCCCAGCCUCCAUAUUCCAAGGAUGAGCGCGUCCUGUGCUUCCACAUGGAGAUGCUGUAUGAGGCCAAAAUCCUGGACGUGCAGCCAACGGAGAGCGGCGAUGGCUGGAGCUACAAGAUUCACUACAAGGGCUGGAAGAGCAGUUGGGACGACUGGGUGCCGCAGGACCGCAUUCGCAAGUUGAACGACGAAAACAAAGAUCUCGCCCAGCAGCUACUCGCCCAAUACAAGCAGCUGCAGUCCGGUAAGGCGGCCAAGCAGCCUAAGAAGGGAGGCCGUCCUGGUGGCUCUGAUCUCAGCUCUGCCCGCGGUAGUGAGGAGCGAACUGCGGCCGGGACGACGACACAGAACAACCGUAACCCGCGAAGGGCUCGUGAUUUUGACCUCGAAACUCUUUCAUGA